AUGGCCGACUGUAAAGACGCGCCCACUGCACCGAGUGUUACAUAUAACAAUCCGAGACGAAAAUCGCCUGAUGCCUCUAUAACGCUGCAGUAUCACCGACAAGCGAGAAAUGCUUCCAAGCGUGACCCCCAAACAGCUAACCCACCCAUUCACCCAACCUUUUCCAAACCGCGGAGGAAUUCUUCUGGGGACAGCAAUGAAACAGGCAUAAGCGAUCCGAAGAAAUGGUUUGAUAUAUCAAACCAGAAAGCAAUGCACACAACCGACAUCGACGAAGCUCCAUUCUACCAAAAAGAAACAGAUUCUUCCAAUGAAGAAAUUGCAAAGUUUGGAUUGCCGUUGCAGAGUCCGGCAUACCGAACCCGCCCGGUUGGGCUGGCACAUAGCAAUCAAAGCGCUGAUGAAUUCCGUUCCGUAAUUGAUGACUUAACGGUUGAGAACAAGCGCCUGAAGGAGGAGCUGAGGAAAUAUAAACAGAUGGGACCUGACUCAUUGCGGAGGGACAAGUUAUUCGAGGUUAAGGUUCACGGCCUAUCUAGUAGAAAGAAGCGAGAGCUGGAGGCUGCACUACGGGAUUUUACAACAAGCCUUGAGGGUUCGAGUGCUGGACCCUCCCCAAGCCGGAAGAAGACGCCAGGCAAGUCGAAGAAUAUCCAUUCGUCAGUAUCUAAACAUGCGUCAUCGUCGUCUGGGUCUAACUCAAGACCCGUUGACUCCGCGUAUGCAUCUAUGUCGACCGGACCAAGCUCUUCUGUCCCGUAUCUUCCCGGUCAGGCUAAGGCAGCACGAGAACGAUCUGAACAGAAGAUUGAGAACUAUCUACGAGAUAUCCCCGAAGGUUUAUGGCCGCGACCUACCAUCAUGACCGAGAAGGAUAAGAAAAAGCUCGUAGUUAAGAGACUCGAACAUCUUUUCACGGGCAAAAUGGUGGAUCCAGCAGAGCACAUCUUGUUACCACAAGUCCCCGAACCUAUCAUCGAAGAUGUAGAAAUGGGAGGGACUAUCAAUAAAGUGACAGCUCCAAACGAUACGAUACGAGAAGCGCAGAUCCAACCGCGAGAUGCAAGUCGGAAGGAGAGCAGUUCACGCGACAAUGGAUCUGCAUCUAACUCGCAUUCACAUUCAAAUGGUGACCAAACAGACACAAGGGAUAACGGCAACGGCAACGGAACUAGCCACAGUCGCGCGAAUGAGAGUGGUAAUAAUACAUCACCGCAUGUAUCAAUGUUACUACCGGAGCAGCGCCCUACGCGGCCACGCGACUUGGACCCUGAUCGCAGACAGGUACCAUCAGAAAACAUGGAUUACAUACGUCAUCUGGGAUUGGUAGCGCCCGAGUCGCAGAAGCAAUUCUCUGCAAGGGAUGUGUCGCCAGAUACGGAAGGCUGGGUGUAUCUCAAUCUGCUGUGCAAUUUAGCGCAGCUGCAUAUUCUCAACGUGACCCCAGCUUUCAUUCGUAAUGCGGUAUCGGAGAAGAGUACUAUGUUCCAACUGUCGCCUGAUGGAAGAAAAAUCCGCUGGCGGGGUGGAAUUGAGGGUACCAAGUUCAGUAGUGACAGCGGCAGCUAUUCGCAGCACAACCAAUCAAGCGAUGACACGGACGGAUCGAACGAUCAAGACCAAAGAAAGAAACAGAAAACGCAGGGAUCUGGAAAUGACGUCACUGCGCACAAACCCUCAAAAUUCGGUCUGGGCGUGCAGCAGUCUAAUUCAUCCGAAAGUUUCCACUAUAAGCCGUUAUUUGUACACCACCAGACAUCUUCGUCAGACGAACAACCGUCGGGGGGUGAUGAGACCGGCUCGUCUUUUGGGCCACCCGAGGAGAGCAACUUGGGGGGUAUGAAUUCUCGUUGGGGUCAGAGUGGCGUAUCAGGUGUCUCGCAGCGUAAGCGCCGUCGCGACGGUGCGAUCAUUUAUUAUAGUGGGGCGCCUUUCUGCACAGACCUCUCGGGUGAUUUUGGUGAGGGAGAAAUCUCCCCCGCUACUGGGUAUGAUAUGACAUCAUCAGGGGACCAAGACAACCAGGGACCCAUGCAGCCCAUACAGCCCAUCAGCCUCGGCAAUAUCCGCCCACAAUUCAGCCGCUCUACGUCAGGAUCAUCGCUCCCUUUCAGACCGCUUAGUACCUUACAGUCUCGCAGUACGUUAAUGGAGGUUGAUCAUUCCGAUCCUCCAGAGUUAACUUCGGCUGAGACGGAGGACGAAGACAUUGAAGCUGAUUUUUCUUGGUCUGACAGCAAACAACAUGCUCCCUUGUUGGAUCUCGAGGCUAGUGGUUUAGGAGGUACUUAUCCCGAAGAUCAUUUUGUAGUUAUCGUUCCAACACGACGGCCGAAGUACGCCCACUACGAUGAAAAUAGCGCUUCCGAAGAUGAAGAUGAUACCCCAUCAAUACGACCAAGCCUUAUUGGGCGCUCGGGUCAGGAGACAACAGACUCCAUCAUUAACAAGUUAGCUAGCAUGACGACUAGCUCACCAGCGCCACGCCAGAUCUCGAAUAUUGGAGCGGAUGCCGUCCAAAUCGAAUACCUGCCGGGGAAGAUUCGUCGACUAAAUCCCGUACCUCUCCCACCACCUACCUUUUACUUUCCAGCCGGCGAAUCCGACCUUGACGAGGAUGACGACGAGGAUGAAACCAUGGACGACUCUUCGGAAAGCCUUAUAAGUAGGCAGGCUAUCGUAGAAGAUGGCCCAAGUUCGGAUGUUGACUUGUCUGGAAAUGAUGAGGAAGAUGAACACUCCGAUGACGGUCAACACUAUGAUGCUAGCGGGAGCAUAUCGCCCGAUAAUGUGGACGAGCUUCCUGACGUCAGCCAACUUUUACGAGGACGUAGCAUAAGGGUUUCGGAAAGAUCUAUAACUACUGGGAGUUCAGCAGCAACUGCCGGCGGAGCUGUUAGUGGAUAUACUAGUAGUAUCGAGGACAUGUGA